GGUCAGAGGGUGAAUACAUCGUAAGAGUAAAGGGAGACAGAUCGGAGAGUAACAAAGAUAACUGGCUACAGGAAGAGGGCACUCAUCACAACGGGUCGCACGGCACUGAAUGAGCAGAAGGGAGAAGAAUAUGUACCACGCGCGUCUGUUUCGCAGAAAUAGACCCGUCACUAUUGAAUCUACGGCAUCGGCUAAAUUGCUCUAAAUGGAGAAUUUGAACAGUUCAUCCCCCAUGUUGAUACACAACCCCCUACGAAGUGACUAAAAUGUGUUAUAAUGUCAUCGCGUCAUAUGAAAUGCUGUGAUAUAUUUGCUGGUUACGCGAUUUUUUUUACGUUUUCUUUUCCCUACAUAUUUUCAAGAUGAGGUGGGUGGACGUAGCCCUUAAAAUGAGAAUCAUUCGCAAUAGAUCCAUUCUCAAAUCUUCGUUUCGAGCAAAGAAGUUCUUGUUGUAAAUCUCUUCAUUCUAUCGCUCUAUCUAUUUCAAUCAUAGUGAGAACAUGUUUAACAAAAUAAUGAGGAUAUUUAUAUUAUUAACGGUGUUUAAUAUAGUUUACGCGUAUCAGAGAAACUUUUGGUCGAAGAUCGAAAAUACGCAAAGACAAGGACCUAACGUCUGCGCUAUAGAAGUAAACGAUGAUAUAAAUUAUGCUUAUUACACUGAGAGCAAGCAGUGGAGUCCUCGAAAAAUUUGUGGCAAACCUACAUUCGUAAGAUACGACUGUUGCGCAGGAUAUUACAAAGUCGCUGGGUAUCCUGGAUGCACAGGAGUGAAACCAUUGAUAAAUCUCAUAGAAACAACGCGACGGAUAGGUUCAAUAAAAUUUGCAAAAUUAAUCGAGAGUUCGACGUUUGCGGAAGAAUUGCAGAGUGGUCCACCCUUAACAUUAUUCGUACCAUCCAACGAAGCUUUUGAUAACUAUUUAAAAGUAAAAGGUAUUCGUCAAGAAUGGUUGUAUAAUGGUAACAGAUAUGUAAAUUUAAUUGCGAAUCAUAUAGUAGACAGACGCGUAUUAUCAAAUCAAUGGCAAGCGAAUCUUUUAAUUCCAUCGCGAUUACAAGGGAACGUUUUGAGAAUCAAUAAAUUUUCUAGCGGAAUGGAAACGGUGAAUUGUCAUCGAAUUAUUCGCAAGGAUCAAAUUGCCACUAAUGGAGUUGUGCAUGUAAUCGACGGUGUUCUAGAUCUGGCUUUGGCACAAAAUUCAGACAUAAUCGAGCUUGCUUCUAGAGAUGGUAGAUUCGAAAUAUUUACAAAAGCCUUAGAAAACAGCGAAUUAGGGAAUAGAAUUAGAUUGAGUGAAAUACCGUGUACUAUAUUCGCACCAACGGAUCAAGCCUUCCAUCAUAUUCCUAAAGCGCAAUUGACCGACAUGUUGGAAAAUCCAGUUGCAUUAAAUGCAUUAAUUGCCCAUCAUAUCGUAACGCAUCCCGUAUGCAUGCCAAAUAUAAUUUCGGAAUAUCACGCAAGCACGAUGCAACGACAAGAGUUAAAAUUAAAUUGCGGUCCAUACGGGCCCGUUGUAGACAACACAAACAUAAAAAAUGAAAUGUAUCACGGAAAAAAUGGAUUGCUUUAUGUUCUUGAUCGUGUGUUACUACCGGAUCGAGCUAAAACAAUUUUGGACGUAGCUAAGGAGGAAGGACUAUUUACAUUCCUAGAAAUAAUUAAAGCAGCUGAAUUGGAAGAAACUUUGAGACACAUGAAACACUUCACAAUGUUUGCACCUUCUGAGACAGCAAUGUAUUCCCUAUCAAAUCAGAAACUUAUAGAAUUGCAAAGAAAUCGAAAGACUGCUCGGAACUUUGUUCUUAAUCACAUAGUUACGGGAACAUAUUUUACUGAUGAAAUUAGUAGCAAUCAAAUUGCCAGAACUCUUGAAAUAGGAAUUCCAUUACGCUUCCAAGUUUACCGUGGUAAUUUUGGAAUAGAAAACGCAUUAAUUAUUAAAGCUGAUAGAGAAUGCAGCAAUGGCGUUUUACAUGUUAUAAGUCACAUUUUACAUCCUGCAGAAGAAUCUUUAGAUUAUAUUUUAAGAAGAGAAGGCAAUUUCAGCAUUUGGUUGGACGCUAUGGAAAGAAUGAAAAGUAUUCAACCACAAAUAUAUGAUCAAUUUAAGCGCGCAAAUUCUUCGUGUACGUACUUCGUUCCCUCGGAUGAGGCAUUCAGACAGCUAGGAAAUGCCAAACUUCAAAAAUUAUUGGAAGAUAGGAACUAUUUAACAAAAACACUGCAGAAUCAUAUCGUGGAUAAUAUGUUACUUGCUGAAAGUUUUAUGCCAGACCUGCAGUACACUGUCAGAACUAAAGGGAACCCAAUAAAUAUUAUGAGAAAAAAUAAUAGAAUUUUAGUAAACGAUGCAACUCUUGUAAAGAGUGACAUUUUAAAUAAAGCUGGUGUUGCACAUGAAAUAAAUUCAGUCUUAUUACCUGAUCAAUGUUCUAAUGGGUAUAGAAGAAUACACGAUGGAACUAUUACAAGGAAAGUGUGUCUUUGAGAUGAAUAAUUAAUUUAUGUUACUUAGUUACGAUAAUGUGUAUUAGCACUUAAUUACGAUAAUAUGUAUU